CUCCUCCUCCUAUCCCUGUCAGCGGCUCGCCUUGGUAGUUUAGCAGGGUAGUACGGAGAGACGAGGGCUGCUCCCUUUCGCCUCUGCUCAGUCUGCUCCUCCAGCACCAUACAUUCCGCACCAUGGCUGCCACGGACGUUGACGUCUUUUCGAAUGAAGAGAAGCGUAAUCUCAGUUUGGGCGGCCAUGUUGGAUUUGACAGCCUCCCUGACCAAUUGGUCAGUAAAUCAGUCACACAGGGCUUUUGUUUCAACAUUCUGUGUGUAGGCGAGACUGGUAUCGGAAAAUCAACAUUAAUGAACACACUCUUUAACACCAUGUUUGAGAACGAAGAGGCGAGCCAUUACCAGAACGGCGUGUACCUGCGGCCGCGAACAUACGACCUGCAAGAAAGCAACGUCCACCUCAAACUGACGAUUGUAGACACCGUUGGCUUCGGCGAUCAGAUCAACAAAGAGGAUAGUUACAAGCCCAUUGUUGACUACAUUGACACUCAGUUUGAAAACUAUCUCCAGGAAGAGCUGAAGAUCAAACGCUCGCUGUUUAACUACCACGACACCCGGAUCCACAUCUGCCUUUAUUUCAUUGCCCCGACGGGACACUCCCUUAAGUCCCUGGACCUUGUCACAAUGAAAAAACUGGACAGCAAGGUCAACAUAAUCCCCAUCAUUGCCAAAGCAGACACAAUCUCCAAGAGCGAGCUUCAUAAAUUCAAAAUAAAAAUUAUGAGUGAGCUCGUGAGCAACGGCGUCCAGAUCUAUCAGUUUCCAACGGAUGAUGAAGCUGUGAGUGAGAUCAAUGCCUCCAUGAACGCCCAUCUGCCGUUUGCAGUGGUCGGGAGCGUGGAAGAGGUCAAAGUGGGGAACAAAACAGUGAGGGCCAGACAGUACCCCUGGGGUGUUGUGCAAGUUGAGAACGAGAGCCACUGCGACUUUGUAAAACUCAGAGAGAUGCUGAUCAGAGUCAACAUGGAGGAUCUGAGGGAGCAGACACAUGCCCGCCACUACGAGCUGUACCGGCGCUGUAAGCUGGAGGAGAUGGGCUUCAAAGAUACAGAUCCUGACAGCCAGCCAUUCAGUCUUCAAGAGACAUACGAGGCCAAGAGGAAAGAAUUUUUGGGGGACCUUCAGCGCAAAGAAGAAGAAAUGCGACAAAUGUUUGUCAACAAAGUAAAAGAGACGGAAGCAGAACUCAAAGAAAAAGAGAGAGAGCUGCACGACAAGUUUGAGCAGCUGAAGCGGAUGCACCAGGAGGAGAAGAGGAAGGUAGAGGAGAAGCGAAGAGACCUGGAGGAGGAGAUGAACGCCUUCAACAGGAAGAAGGUGGCAGCUGAGACGCUCUCCUUAUCUCAGCCCCUCAAGAAAGACAAGGACAAGAAAAAUUAAUUUAUGGCCGCUGUACACCCUUCCUACACACGACCAUGGAUUUGUCCUCCAUCACCAUAGCAACGACAACAUCUGUUUUAUUUUUUUGUUUGUUUGUUUCUUUUUAUUUCGACAUUCCAUCUUGACAUUGUGCACAUGGACCAAAGACACUGAGGAUGAUGGUGAAGCCACAGGGGGGGCGAAAAGAGUGAAAGCUGGUGAGAGAUGAUGAGGAAAAAAAUACUCACUUUCCGUUAGUGGCCAUCUCAUUAAUUCAGGAUCUUUCUUUCUGUGUUGUUUUGGACACUUUUUUUCUAUAUAAAUAUAUGCAUUUUGUUUUUCUAUGUUGUGACUUAAAUAUUUUCUGUCUGCAUUUUUUUUGUGUUUCAUCUUUAACUAUCCACACAGAAAGUUACAACCCUUCAGACCUUUUGGUACUACAACGUCACACACCUGGGCUAAGGAUUUGAAAAUGUUCAACAAGUAUUUUUAAAAAAAAAGUAAGGUGUGCUUGACAUUUAUACAGAAUCUAUCAGUGAAAUUAAGCCUUUCCUAAAGUUUUUUAAAAAAAAAUGCUUUCUGAAAUGUUGUCCAGGGGUGAUGUGUCUGUUAACCUUUUUGUAUUCAUGAGAACUUAGCUUCACAGUAGAAUAAACCCCUGUAUGGAACGAGCCCAAAUAAUACAUUUAAAUCGCAUUAUGUCAAGCAAUAACUGAGUACCUGUAUACUGCAAUGCAAAUACGUAGGUACUGACAACCUAAAAUGUAGUCUUUAUAAAAACUUAUGCAAUAUUCUGGUGCUGUUUCAGAUUAACUCAGUAAAUGUAUGUGAAUAUUUUCUAGAGCUUAAUAUGCAAGCUUAAUAUGCAAAAUGUACUAGUUUUUGAAUAUGGUAUUAUUGUAAGAAGCACAUAUGAUGGUGUGCGUUGUCCGUAAGAUUUAACUUUAUUGUAAACCAUGAGUGACCGUAUUGACGUGAGUGUUAUGACAGUGGACACACACACACACAUAAACAUGAAGCCAGUAUAUACAUAUAAACAUAGGGAUUCAGGAAAACAUUCAAGCCUCAGCUCGCUGUAGAAGAGUUUACACUCAGAGAUGGAGACGAGAGCAGCUGUAUUUACUGUCUGACGUUGGAAAUAAAUGCAAACCCCCCUCUCCCGAC